GUGGUCCCUGCCUCUGAAGAGAAGAAUUGCUACACUAUGGCUGGGGUUUUGCGCUCAGUAUUUCAGAGGCCUCCAGACAGACUACAGACUGUGAAAAAAGGUAUGGAAUCUCUCAUUGGUACAGAUUGGAUUCGUCAAAAAUUUACAAGAUCAAGAAUCCCAGAUAAAGUGUUUCAGCCUAGACCUGAGGAUCAUGAAAAAUAUGGAGGUGAUCCCCAGAACCCUCAUAAACUGCAUAUUGUUACGAGAAUAAAAAGUACGAAAAGGCGUCCAUACUGGGAGAAAGACACGAUCAAGAUGCUCGGGUUACAGAAGGCGCACAGCCCUCAGAUUCACAAGAACAUCCCCUUAGUGAACGCAAAGCUGAAGGUGGUUAAACACUUGAUAUGGAUCCAGCCCCUGAAGCUGCCGCAGGGACUCCCAACAGAAGAGAACAUGUCGAGCACCUGCCUCAAGAGCACUGGGGAGCUGGUCAUGCACUGGCGUCUGAUGCCUGUGGAACAGGAGACCAAGUCCUGAGGCCACACACUGGAGAUAAAGUGUGGGUACUGAGGAAACCGGACUCCUUAAAGAGUGUGCCGAUCCCGUCGACUCCAUGACAAAAGCUAAUGUGUGUGGCUCUCCUUCCUGUCCAUGUGGACCUCACGAGUUCUGAUGUUAUUACGUGGUUAAGUUCUCUCCCUUUGUCCCCUAAGAAUUUUACUCCAUCGUGGUCAAGAGUGGCAUUGUUUGAACAUCUGACUUUAGGCCCUAGCACUUUAACAAUUGUCAUUAUCUUUCUUUUUUUUUUUUUUUUUUGAGAAACUGCUUUCUUGGGGACUGGAGAGAUGGCUCAGAGGUUAAAAGCACUGACUGUUCUUCCAAAGGUUCUGAGUUCAAUUUCCAGCAACCACAUGGUAGUUCCCAAACAUCAUACAAUGAGAUCCAGUGACCUCUUCUAGCCUGCAGGCACACGUGCAGGCAGAACACUGUAUACAUAAUAAAUAAAUCUUGAAAGGAAAAAAAAAAACGGAGAAGAGGAAGCAUCUCCCAAGAAGUCCCAGCUGCACACAACUCCAUAACCUCUCGCACACUUCCCCACACUGACAGAGAGCUAUACCCUUUUAAACCAUGGGCCACAAGAAACCUUUCCUUCCAUGAGGUGCUUUUGUCAGGCUUUGUCACUACAACAUGAAAACUAAUUUAUACAGCUGUCUUCACAAAGACCUGCUUAGGAGAACUGCAUAAUGUGACUGGUAAACAUCACCCUCCACUCUUCGAAAAUAAAACAACUUCCCCUGAGCUAAAGUUCACUGUGCUAAACUGCAUGUGCAACGAUUAUGCUGAAUUCUUACUACAUUCUUGCAUACAGUUUGUAUACACAAAAGAGUUCACAGAGAAUGAAAGAGACUGGUCUUUAUGGAGCCAGCAAGUAGCACAGGCUGGGUAAACAAUUCAAUAAAGAUUCAAAACUAAACCUGGUGUGGUAGCACACACUUACAAUCCCAGCACCUGGAAGGCAGAGGCAGGAGAAUCUCUGCAAGUUCAGGCCAGCCUGGGCUACAUCCCAAGUUCUAGCAAGUUGUCCUCAGACU